CCCAAUCCAAAAUUGACUUGUUUGUUUUCUUUUGACAUUAAAUUUUUGUUUCUAUUUUUUCUGUAUAUCCCAAAACAAUGAUAAAUGCCUUCUGAAGAUUGCGAGCGCUACAAGGACUUCCUGCCUUACAUUGGCGAGUUCGGAGCAUUCCAAAAAUGGCUACUAGUCUGCAUGAUGCCCUCUGCUUUCCUUUACUCUUUUACCUACUUUGGCCAAAUUUUUAUGAUCAUUGUACCCAAGGAUUACUGGUGCCGCAUACGGGAUCUGGAAACAAGUCCGAAGGAUCAGCAACUAGCACUGGCGAUUCCAAAGCUCAAAACCGGAGACUUCGACAGGUGUUCCAUGUACGAUUUAAAAUCUGGUUGGGCUGAGAACAAUAUUAGUAUUGCCAACGAGACCUGGCCAAAGGUGCCCUGCAGCAAUGGUUGGACCUAUGACAAGGAUCAGCUAUAUUAUUCCACCAUUGCCACCGAGAAUAACUGGGUUUGCGACGAUCUGGUUUUAGGCACUUUCACCAUGACUUCCUUCUUCAUGGGUUCCAUGCUCGGAUGCCUAGUUUUGGGCUUUGUCGCCGAUCAUUGCGGUCGUUUGUGGGCCUUUCUUCUAGCCAAUACAUGUUCUCUGGUGGGUGGCUGCUGCACUGCCCUUUGCAACGACUUUUACUCCUUUACAGCCGCCAGGUUUGUGGUCGGUAUGGCCAUGAAUAACUGCUUUAUUCCGAUCUACAUUCUGACUCUUGAGAACGUGGGAGUCAAGUAUCGCACCUUGGCGGGAAACUUGUCCUUGGCUCUGGCCUUCACUUUGGGUGGAACCCUUCUGCCUUGGGUGGCAUAUUGGAGCAAUGAUUGGAGGCUGUUUGCCCUGGUCAUAUCACUGCCUGUUACCCUUCUGCUAGUGAUAGGCAUUAUACUUCCCGAGUCCCCCUCAUGGCUAUUUUCAGUAGGAAAAAUUGACAAAGGAGUUAAAGUGUUACAAAAAGCUGCCAGAAUCAAUAAGAAGACUGUUUCCGACGAAGAUUGGUCCGAACUAAGACGAUGUUAUGCCCUACAGUAUGCCAAUCAGCAAUCCCAGAAAACCAUAAGCUGUGUGGAUCUCUUCAAGCGCUUCCGGCGGUGCUGCGUCAUGAUGGUUCUCAUUACUUUUUGGAUGAUUAUUGCUUUGGUGUACGAUGUCCAUGUGCGCGCUGUGUUUUUGAUGGGUACUGAUACCUUUCUCACUUUUUCACUCUCCACCCUGACUGAAUUGCCAGCCGGAAUCGUUCCAAUGUUUCUUGUGGAUCGUGUUGGCCGGAAACCCGUGGCCAUGUCCGUAAUGAUACUCUGUGCAUUCUGCAGCCUCUUGGCCGCUUUUCUCCCUGGAAAAUGGGAUGCUGCGAUAGCUGCCAUUUUCGGAAGACUCUUUAUUGCCAUUGGCUUUAAUGUUGGCCAACAAUGGGCCACCGAGAUCAUACCGACGGUGGUCCGUGGCCAGGGAAUAGCUGUCAUAAAUGUUAUGGGCUGUGCGGGGGCUAUGCUGGGUCCCUAUAUCAUCUAUACGGAACAGUUCUAUCACUCGUUUCCGAUGAUUGCCAAUACGUUUCUUUCCAUAGUUGCGGCGUGUUUGCUUAUUCUUCUGCCGGAGACUAAGAACGAAGACCUUCCUCAAUCCCUGGAAGAGGCGGAAAAACGGUGGACACUCUGUUGUUGUUAA